AUGGACAACAGUCUUCUAGGGGGUAUUUUAAAAAAGAUGGCAUUUUCUGUGCCAUUUAAAAAUAAGAAAAAAAGUAUAAUAGCCCUUCCUGACCCUCUCUUCCUUUCAAAACUAUUUUUAUCUAUUUUCCAUCCUCCACUCAUCAUAUAUUAAAAUACACAAUCCCCGCUCCGAUUUUGGGGGGGGGGGGGAGGGGGGGAUUCUUUUGCUUGUUGUCGCUGUUGGGUGCCGCCGCUCUCAUUAAUAUGCGCAAUGUUUAAAAUGAAGGGAAAAAAUUUUUUUGGAAAGAAAGGGAGGGCAACAAGAAAAAAAAGAAAAGAAAAAACCAGUUCGGGACGAUAUAAUAAAAAUAAAAUUUUUUU